AUGAGUGAUGAGCGACCAGUUUCUAGUACACCAUUAAAGGUGAACCCUAGAGGAAAAUUCGUCGGAAGUCGUCAAAAACUGAUGAUUGUAAAUUUGUUUAAAUCAAAAAUGAUACAACAGCCAACGUUAAAGGUUAAAGAAGUAGCGAUGAUAAUUUCAAAAGAAUUGGGUAUUGGUAAAAAUACAAUCCAGUCAACAAUUGCUGAAUACAAAAACAAAAAAACUGUGAGUUCGCCAAAUAAAUCAAAAAUUCGAGCGACAUAUAAACAAAAAGUUGAUGAUUUUGAACGUGACGCGAUACGGAGGAAGGUGCACGAGUUUUGGUUCCGAAAACAGUUACCUACACUGGAUAAAAUUUUAACAGCCGUUAACGAAGACCCAGACUUAAACACAUACAAAAGGUCUACUCUACAUUUACUAAUACAUGACUUAAAUUUUGUAUACGUCAAACGUGGCCGUAACAGCGCUCUCAUAGAGAGAGAUGAUAUUGUGUUAUGGCGCACAAAAUAUAUUGAAGAUAUACGUAAAUACCGGGCACAAAGAAGAACGAUAUACCACAGAAUAGAUUAA